AUGGAGAAAUAUCUCUCCUACCAGCUCUCAUUUCCUCUGGCUAGCCCAGACUGCAUUAAAAGUCCAAUCUUCACUCCGACAACCGGUCGUCAUGAGCAUGGUUUGUUUAACUUGUAUCAUGCAAUGGAUGGAGCAUCCCACCUCCACAUCCUGGUGGUUAAAGAGUAUGAGAUGGCCGUUUACAAGAAGUACUGGCCCAAUCAUAUCAUGCUGGUGCUGCCCACUGUCUUCAAUGGAGCCGGUAUAGGUGCCGCUCACUUCCUGAUAAAAGAGCUUUCUUAUCACAACUUGGAAUUGGAGCGCAGUCGGCGUUCAGAUGGAGGAAUCUCUACAGUUGAUGUCUGGCCCUUCAUCAUCCUCGCUGAUGACUCCUGUGUUAUGUGGAAUGCAGUGGACCUUGAUAAACCGAGUGGUCCAGCGGAUCAUGCCGUGUCACUGAAACAGGUCUUGCAGCACAUAGAGGCCUGUCCAGACUUAGCCCAUUUUGGUCUUUGUGGGAUCAGGAAGUGGAGCAGCUGUGGACUCACAGGUGUUAAACAAUGGGAGCCUUUCUCUAGAGGUCACCUUCACGAUUUCCUCUUCCUCAACGUUGACCGGAGUCAGAAUGUUCAGUACAACCAGAACCGCUUCACCUGUCACGAUGUGGACUUCACCCUGAGGCUGCACAGCGCUGGGCUGCUUGUCUGCAAGUUCAACAACUUCAGCAUCAUGAAGAAGCAGAUUGCCAUAGGAGGAUAUAAAACAUUUAUUAUCAAGACCAAGAUGACAGAUGUUUCCACCUCAGUGGGGCCAUCACAAUACAUCUGUGCCCCUGACAGCAAGCAUCUUUUCUUGGCUACACCAGCUCAGCUCCUUCUGGAAAAAUACUUGCAACACACCAGCCAGAAACUGUUUCCACUCAGCACCAGGAACUACACACACCCAGUUCUGACUGUAGACUGUUACCUGAACCUGGGGCCGGAGGUGACGGUGUGUUUUAUAAGCUCCAAACCUCAUUCUGUCAACGUCAACACCACCGGGUUGUUGUUCAGUGGCCUCCUCCUUUGUUUUCCUGACACGUUUGUGACCUCUGGGUUCCUCAAGAAGUUCACAUUUCUUAAAGGUGCCACGCUGUGUAUAAUCAGUGCAGAUCGCAGCUCACUGAGGCAGACCGUGGGCAGACUGGAGCUGGAGGAAGAGUGGAGGUUCAGGCUCAGUGACGAAUUCCAGACUGCGAACGCCAAAGAAGACCGACCUCUCUUCUUCCUGACAGGAAAACAUAUUUGACUAAAACAAACAGACCUGCAAUAAGUUACAGAAAGGACUAAAAUCACUUUUCUCACUAACGGGGGAAAAAAAUGC